UGUAAGUCCCCGUCCUGUUUUUUGGUACUUUCUUUAUCUUUACAAGGAUUUUGAGGGAAGUUGUUGUACAAUAUAUGGCCUCAACUUCGAUGGAGGCUUUUACUGGAGGCUUACGAACAGAAAAAGGCCCUUCACCUCGCCCAUCAAGGCCCUUCACCUCGCCCACGACCUUCUGCCCAUCAUCGAAGGGCACCAGAUGCUUGGGAGCUACCACCAAACCCGGAACACCACCGAACACCUCCGAACUUCGAGUCAAGCCCCGCCCAGUCAAACCCCCACGCAGGUUUUCCCUGCGGGGCGGGCGGAAGACCUCGUCCGUGCCAUGGCGUGACGCUCCGCCCGUGAUGGGCGCGGCGCCCUCGUGUUGCGAGUCGCAUGCGGCGGAUCCUCCGGUCGAGCCGGUGCACACGCUGUCAGUGGCCGACAGCCAGGAGGAGGUCUUGGAGCCAGUGAGAGGCCAAGACUCUGAUGUGUCGCGUGUUGGGAUUCGUGAAGAUAGCAAGGUCCGAAGAAGUUUCCUCCUUGAGAAGAAGCUGGUGUCCGACCAGGAGAUCAUGAAGGGCGUCCUCCUCAGGAGCACUCUUCGGGGCUUAGGACGUUUGUGGCGUGGCUCACCCAUCGACCUGCCUCAGGAGGAGAAGAUCAAGCUGUGGCACGAUGCAAUGUCCGUCAGCGAGUUUGAUGUUUUCUUGUCUCAUACUUGGCACACCAAGGGGAUUUGGAAAUUCCUCGCUUUAUCGUUGCAGAUCAGCUGGAGGAACAUCCUGCUUUGUUGGCUGUUGGCGAUCAUUCUCAUGGAGCUCCUUUUCUACCUUGACCUUUUGCCCCCUGAUCACAUCCGCUGGGACGUCUCUAAUCCUGGCGGCACCUAUAAUUGGGAUGUGCCCUACAGCCAGUGGGGCACCAUCUUGGCGCCCGCCGUCUCGCUGGUGCCCUUCCUCCUCGCACCUUACGCCAGCCAAGCCCAGGUGUGUUUCUUGGAUGUGGCCUGCAUCCACCAAGCCGAUGAUCACCUGAAGGAGCGUGGCAUCUAUGGGCUCGGAGGCUUCUUGAAGGCAUCCAAGGAGCUUCGGAUCCUAUGGAGUCCACCGUAUUUGUCUCGACUGUGGUGCAUUUUCGAGCUUGGUGCCUAUCGUAUGGCGAACCCCUCUGGGACAAUCUCCAUCAAGCCAUUGUUCGUGGAAGUCACCGUUUUGGCUUGCUGGUUGGGCAUCCAGCUCAUCAAUCUCUUGUGGGUCUUAGCAGUGGCCUUGACCGGUGACCUGGCGUUUUACACUCUGUUACCAGCUUUGGUGCCACUGAUCUUGAUCUUCCAUUCCAUGAGGCAGCACCUGCUCGCGAGGCAACAGCUUUUGGAUGGUUUGGCCCGCUUCGACCUCAACCAGGUGGAAUGCCGCUUGGACUUUGACAAGAAGUUCGUCCACGAAGCCAUUAGCGAAUGGUACGGGGGCCCGGAGGCCUUCACGGAGUAUGUGAGAGGCCCUUUGCAUCAGGAGCUGAUCUCUGCGAACGUGCGGCACGUGCGGCAGCUAGUGCCCUGCCAGUAUUGUUGCAUCAUCAUCACGCCCAUGCUGGGUGUGGCGCUCAACUCGAUGGUAGGUCUGGCCAAGGCUCAGGCCCGCCCGAUCCGGGCGGCUUUGGCGCGGAUCCAUGAGAGCUAUCCAGUGACCUGAACAAAAAGGACCCGAAUCACCUGGGGCACCGGUUCCUGGGAUAGUCGAACUAUCGGGUUUUGAUAGUCGAACUCUUUUGGUAGGCUUGGGAUCUUUUCACAAAAACUCACUCACACGGAAGUGGAGAAGGAAACCAGAGGUUGAACCAUGGAAACCAUCAUGCAGGUCCAAUCUGACCCCAACAAACUCCUAUAAACACCUUCCUCUUCCUGCCAGGUGAGGAUUGCCAGAUAGAUCCAGAUGGCAUCAGAUGCCGAAAAAAAUAAACAAAUGCCACAGGUUUGGAUCAUUCCGACCUCAGGGUCACCUGGCUGCCGCCGGGAUCUCCACACCGUUGGAUGGCGAAAGCUAGCCUCAGCGACUCCAUAGUCGCUCUUGCUCCGUGGCUAGCGGCGAGCUUCUUCGUUCACCCCCCCCUGGCUUCGUUCGUUCGGGGUAGGGUGAACGAAGAAGCUCUGCGCUUCGAACUUCAGCUCUCCCGGUCCCGAACGCCGCGUUCUGACGAGUCACGCGUCAACAGCAGCGGCCUCUGAUUUGGAGGGCGAAUCGGCCGUUUUCGCAGCGGCGGGGGGGGGGGAACUGGAGAAACCCACAUUUUAGAUCCUUUUUGAAGAGUCCAAGAGCUCGGAGCUACAAUUUUCGCCUGAUAGAUCUUGAUCAGCAUCCCAACUGAUGGGGCAAGACCUCUCCCUCUCC